AUGAUCAGUGGUGCGUUGCAGAUUGCCGGGCUGCUCCUCGGUGGCCUCGGCAUGAUUGGGACAUUUGCAGUCACGGGCAUGCCUCAGUGGAGGGUGUCUGCCUUCAUCGAGAAUAACAUCAUCGUGUUUGAAACCAUUUGGGAAGGCCUGUGGAUGCACUGCAUCAGGCAAGCCAACAUCAGGAUGCAGUGCAAGGUCUACGACUCCGUGCUGGCCCUCUCGCCAGACCUGCAGGCAUCCAGGGGACUGAUGUGUGCUGGGUCAGUGCUCUCCUUCCUGGCUUUUCUGGUUGCCACUCUUGGAAUGAAGUGUACGCGGUGCCGGCAGAGCGGCUGGCCGACCAAAGGCUAUAUCCUCUUGGCAGCUGGGCUCCUCUUCAUCCUCUCGGGUACCACUGUGCUUGUUCCAAUCUGCUGGGUUGCCAAUACCAUCAUCAAGGAUUUCUACAACCCCGUGGUCAAUGUGGCACAGAAGAGGGAGCUUGGUGAGGCCCUCUACCUAGGCUGGGUGGCUGCUUUCUGCCUGUUGGCUGCUGGAGCCAUAUUCUGCUGCUUCUGUCGCUGUUGUGAGAAAACUGGGAGCUACAACUACUCUGUGCCUCCUCACCACCUGCCGCUCAACCAACACUUGCAUGGGACCACCGAAAGUGCCUACUCUAAGAGUCAGUACGUCUAG